AGCAAACGCUUAGAGAAAGUCCAUGUGGUUAUUGGACAUAAAUCAUGUGACUUGGAUUCUCUCAUUUCUGCCUUCACUUAUGCUUACUUUCUAGAAAAGGUCAGUCCACCUGGGGUUCUCUGUUUGCCAGUGCUGAACAUCCCAAGAACUGAAUUCAACUAUUUCACCGAGACAAAGUUUAUUUUAGAAGAGUUAAAUAUCUCUGAAUCAUUCCACAUAUUCCGAGAUGAAAUUAAUCUGCAUCAGCUAAAUAACGAAGGGAAGUUAUCUUUAACACUUGUUGGCCGCAACGUGCUGGCCAGUGAGGACAAAACUUUAGAAUCAGCAGUUGUCAAAGUCAUCAAUCCAGUUGAGCAGAGCGACGCUGGGUUUGAGUUCCGAGAGUCUUCCUCCUCCCUUGUGGUGAAAGAGAUUCUCCAGGAAGCUCCCGAGCUCAUCACUGAGCAACUGGCUCAUCUCCUCAGAGGAAGCAUCCUUUUCCAGUGUAUGACCAUGGAAUCAGAGAAGAUCUCAGAGAAACAAGAGGAAAUCCUCUGCAUCUUGGAAGAGAAAUUUCCUAAUUUGCCUCCAAGAGAAGACAUCAUCAAAGUCCUACAGGAGACCCAGUUUAGUGUUCAAGAUGUAAGUAUUGAGCAGACAAUACUGAAGGAUCUAAAGGAACUGUCAGAUGGAGAGAUAAAAGUGGCUAUUAGUAACGUGAAUAUGACCUUUGAGAACUGUAUGUUUCACAGGAAUAUCACCAGUGAUCUGAAAGCAUUUACAGACAAGUACGGUUUUGAUGUCCUCAUCCUCAUGGCCAGCUACCUAUCAGAGGAGCAGCAGCCUAGACGACAGAUAGCCGUGUAUUCCGAGAACCUGGAGCUGUGCAGCCAGAUUUGUUGUGAACUGGAAGAGUGUCAGAGCCCUUGCCUAGAACUGGAGCCCUUUGAGUGUGGCUGUGACGAGAUCCUGGUGUACCAGCAGGAGAACCCUUCUGUGACUUGUGAUCAAGUUGUUCUCCUUGUCAAGGAAGUCAUCAAUCGGAGGUGUCCAGAGAUGGUCUCCAACAGCCGGACAUCCUCCACUGAAGCUGUGGCAGGCAGCGCCCCACUCUCCCAGGGGUCUUCCGGGAUUAUGGAGUUGUAUGGUUCUGACAUAGAGCCACAGCCCAGCUCUGUGAAUUUCAUAGAAAAUCCUCCAGACCUCAAUGAUUCUAACCAGGCUCAGGUGGAUGUCAAUGUAGACCUCGUGAGCCCAGAUAGUGGGUUGGCCACCAUUAGGAGCAGCCGUUCAUCCAAGGAGAGCUCAGUUUUCCUCAGUGAUGACAGUCCAGUGGGAGAAGGUGCUGGGCCUCACCACAGCCUCCUCCCAGGGUUUGAGUCAUACAGCCCCAUCCCUGAAGGGGCAGUAGCUGAGGAGCACACACGGUCUGGUGAACAUGGUGAACACUUUGACCUCUUCAACUUUGAUCCUGCACCUAUGGUUUCUGGGCAGUCCCAGCCAUCUUCCCAUUCUGCUGACUUCUCCCCAGAAGAUGACUUCUUCCCCAACAGUGAUUCAUCAGAAGGACAGCUCCCCACUGGGCCCAAAGGACUUGAUGAGAUAGGGAUCAACAUGUCUAGUUAUUCAUCCAGUUCACUUUUGUCAACAGCUGGCAAAGAUAGCCUUGUGGAAUUUGAUGAGGAGUUUGUCCAGAGACAAGAAAGUCCCAGGGAUAACUCUGAAAGAAAUUUAAACUUGACAGAUUUUGUGGGAGAUGAAUCUCUUUCACCAGAAAGAUUAAAAAAUAUUGGAAAGAGAGUUCCACCAACACCUAUGAAUAGCUUUGUAGAAAGCUCACCAUCCACUGAAGAACAAGCCCUACUCUUUCCAGAAGAUAUGACCCAAAAUGCAAUUGACACAGGCCACACAGGGCCAUCUCAGUCCCAUGCACGGUGCAGCAGCUGGUGGGGGAGUUUAGAAAUUGACUCUAAAAAUAUUGCCAAUGCAUGGAGUUCCAGUGAACAGGAAUCUGUCUUCCAGAGCCCUGAGUCAUGGAAAGAUCAUAAACCAAACCCAGCUGAUAGGAGAGCCUCUGAUUCUGUAUUUCAGCCAAAGAGUCUUGAAUUCUCAAAAUCAGGUACCUGGGAGUCUGAAUUUGGCCAACCUGUAUUGGGUAGCAGUGAGAAUCAAGACCAAACUGAAGAUAACUUGCAGUUUCAAAGCCUGCCCCCUGAGAAAUCACGUUUGUCAAAUACUUCUCAAGGAACAAACCACCUGAUUGAAGACUUUGCUGCUUUGUGGCAUUCUGAUCGAUCUCCCACAACAAUGCCUGAGCCAUGGAGAAACCCCACGGAUGAAAGUGAACCAGUGCCUGUAGGUGCAUACCCUGCCUGGAGUGCAUUUGGUAAAGAAGGUGACACUACAGCCUUGAAAAGUACCUGGAAUCUGCACCCAAUGAGUGGUGAAACACCUUCCGUGAUGGACCCACAUGAGUGGGCCAUGGCAAAAAGUGGAUUCUCUUUUCCUUCAGAAAACCUAGUGAACAAUCUGCUCAGUGAUGCAAAUAAAGAAGUAGCCCCAGAAAUCUGGGGCAAGAAGAACAAUGACUCCCCAGAUAAUUUCCUUGUAUCUGGAAAUCCCAGUUCUAAUCUGGAUCAUGCAUGGAAUCAUUCGAAGUCACCAAAGGAAGAACAGAAUGGUUUAGUGGAUCCUAAAAUUAGAGGAAAGAUGUAUGAAAAGGUAGAUUCUUGGAACCUUUUUGAGGAAAGUACCAAGAAAGGAGGAUCAGACAUUCUAGCUCCUUGGGAAGAUUCUUUCUUAUCAUACAAGUGCUCCGAUUAUAGUGCAUCCAACAUCGGUGAAGAUUCAGUGGCUUCCCCCUUAGAUACCAACUACUCCACCUCUGAUUCUUAUACAUCACCGACUUUUGCUGGAGAUGAAAAAGAAACCGAAAACAAGCCAUUUAAUAAAGAAGAAGGUUUUGAGUCCAAAGAUGCUAACUGUACUGCAGAGGAGGCCAAAAUACCUCCUCAAUCAGCAGAGGAGCCACCUAGAAAUCGAAUUAGUUCAGGUCCUGAGAACCUAGAAAUGUGGGCCUCAACUCAUGAUGAUAAUAGUUCUGAAAUAAAUAUCUCUCACAACCCAAAUAAAGAUUUCCUCCAGAAUGAACAAACAUAUGAUAAGAACAUCUCUGUGGAGGAUGAUGUUGGCGACAGCAGCCAGUCUAGCUAUGAUGACCCCAGGAUGAUGCAGCUGUACAAUGAAACUAACCGACAGCUCACACUCUUACACAGUAGCACCAACUCCCAGCAGGGGGCACCUGACAACCUUGAUUUGUGGAACAGAGUGAUUCUGGAGGACACACAGUCCACUGCAACAAUCUCGGAUAUGGAUAAUGAUUUGGACUGGGAUGACUGCAGUGGGGGUGUGGCAAUCCUCAGUGAAGGUCAAACACAAGGAUAUAUUAUUGAAGGUACUGAACUGGAAACCCGAUUUCAAGUCAGACAACUAGAACCGUGGAGCAUGGAGUAUCCGGAAGCGAAUCAGGUAGACUGGGAACUUCCUGCCUCUUCUGAGCCCAGCAAGGACACUGCUCCCAAUGAAUAUCACAUACUGAAUGAAAAAAGUGGGCAGCUCAUUGCAAACAACAUUUGGGAUUCUGUCAUGAGAGAUAAUGAUAUGUCAUCAUUGAUGUUACCCAGCCCAUCACAUAUUACAGAUUCAGAACAAAACAAAUUGACUCCUGAAACUCCUGGCUCAUCAGAAAAAGUUCAGGACAAUUACAUCCCAGAUGUACUUGAUGCCUCUAGAGCCAGUCAGUCAGAAGCACUUACAGCUGACCCUGACAACCAGGACAUAUGGAGGGAAAACUUGCAGGGUGAUAUAGCAUCCUUGGCCUCCAGGCAUGGGAACUCAGAGCAUUUUUCACAUUCAGAUCUAUGGGAAGGUCAUAGCUAUGGACAAAGUAGAAGUCAGAAGGAAGCCCUUGAAGCCACUGAUAGAGUAUGCAUUGGUCAGGAGGAGGUGAUAAGCUCUGAGGUGGACAGCACCUCAGGGAGUUCCAGAAAAGGGGAAGGUGGCCAGGAACUCUCUUCUCUAGUUGCAUCUGAGCAUCAAGAAAUCUGCAUGGAAUUAGGCAAAAUCCGGUCUCCUUCAGUCACUUACAGUCCUCAGACUGAGGAACUAGAGGAGAUUUUAGAACAUAAGAAAAGAUCUUACAAUCUGGAUUCCUGUGAUGUUCAAAUAGGAAUGUCUACAAACAACUUGCAGGCAAAAGAUACCUAUGAAAAGCACUUCCUGAACCACAGGAAUUUGAGUGGGGCUACUGAAGUUUCAGGUAGGAUGGAUUUAACAGAAAAUGUAUCUUUAUCUGAAAUGGAGUUUGAAGAAACAGAGGAAUGUAACAUUCUGGAGCCUGAGAGAAUGAAUGAAGAUUCACCUCAUGAAUUUCCCCAAAGCCUUGACAUUUGUGAUGGCCCUAAAGAGAAUGAUGUGCAGGUCAAUUGCACAAGUUCUGAGAUCACUAAGAAUCUUGAAAUUGAGAAUACUGAAAACAGCCUUCCAGGAGCUAGUUCACCUGUAAAUUGUGGCAAAGGUAGUAUUUCUAGUGAGUAUACACAUUCAAGUGCAUCAAGUCCAGAUCUAAAUGAUUCUUCAGCAGCAUUGCUUUCCUGGAAUCACAUACCCAAUAGUGAGCAUAAGAAAGAGAAUCAAGAUGGUUGGAGUGGGCGGAAUUACCAAGAAUCUGAAGCAAGUACCACUGAUGGCCAAGUAGAAGUAAUUUCUGAAAUAAAAGACCUGGAGGAAAACCAAAUGGAAGAGUCUGAAAAGAGCUUUGAGCACAAGGUGCCUAAAUUUUUAGAGAUUUGGAAUUACUCAGUAGAUGGGGAUUCCUUAUCCUCUUUAUCCAGCCCCGAAACAGGCAAAUAUUCUGAAUACUCAGGUACAUAUCAGGAAGGAAAUCUUGUGGUUAGCCAGCAGGAGAAAAAUAAACGUGACUUUCCUGAAGCUGUGCAGCUAGAAGAUGCCAAGUCCAUUUCAGCAAGCUCAAGCUCUGAUGAUGAUCAUGCAGAGGAGGAAGAGUCACUGGAGAAAGAGAUCCAUUUGGCCACUUACCCGGAUGCUCAGAGUGAAUCUAGAGCUUGGGAUUCACUAAAUGAACCUAAUAAGUUCUUGUCCACGAGUGAUCCCAACAUUCAUGAAUGUUCUGAAUAUGUAGGCAGUUCAGAGCCAGCAGAAAAUGAGAAUAAGUCAAAUCCAUUCCAUGAUGAUCAACAAAGCAGCCCUGAUCACUGGAAUUUCUCACAACUAAAGGAGACUCAAAUACAGAUUACUGCAGUGGACAGGGGAACAAAGUCUUCUCCAGAAGCAGUGAAGACAGGAGAUGCUGCGUGGCACAUAUCUCCCCAAACUGAACCACAGACUGUGAAUAAUUCUAAAUUGGAAAUGCUUGGCUUCUCAGCUGAGAGUGUGGAGUGGUGGACUGCCUCUCCACAAGAAGGAAGAUCAGUUGAGAAGGCAUUUGAAAGGAAACUGUCAAACUCAAGUGAUGUGUUAGAGAUGAAUUCUUCAGUCUACCAAAAUGUGGAUCCUUGGGGAGUACCCAUUCAUGGUGAUAUUGAAUCCAUGGAAACACAUCGUACUAAUCCUUUUGAGAAUAACCAUCAGUCCACCUUUCCGGAGAGUAAUGGGAAGAACUCCCAUGAGCUACUUUGGAACAUUCAACCAAAAGAGCCAGACUCCAAUACUGAUGAGCUUAACCACCUGGAAAUAUUGGACCAAAUUAAAGAAAAGGAUUUGAGAGAGCAAAUCUUUAUAUCUUCUGCUGGCAAUGAACUUAGUUCUGGAACACAUAUCCAAGAGCAGUGUCAAGAUGCCCUGCUGCCAGACAGAGAUGAGUCAAACCCAAAAUUUACAGGUGAAAAUGAAUGUGUUAUAUCUCAUAUUUCAAGUUUUGAAUGUCAAGAAACAAACUGGUGGGAACAAGAAAAAUCAUACACCAGUGAAAUGAUAGAUUCAAGCAUUGCUUUAGAAAAUGUCGCUGUUGUCAGUUCUCCUACUCAACUGAUAAAGAAGUCAGGCUUAGGAUGGAAUGACUUUACCCCUAGUGAGGGCCCUCAAGGUAUAUUUGUUCCAGAUAUUUUACAUGGCAAUUUCCAAGAGGCUGGGCAGCUGGCCUCAGCUUCGCCUGACUUGUGGAUGGAUGCCAAACAGCCUUGCAGUUUGAAAGCAGAUGGUGAGAAUCCUGAUAUACUGACUCACUGUGACCACGAUAGCAACUCGCAGGCUUCCAGCAGCCCUGAUAUAUGUCAUGAUUAUGAAGCAAAGCAGGAGACUGAGCACCAUAUCAGUGCUUGGAUGGGACCUGAAGUGGAACCCAACGAGUUAUAUGUCACUGAACCAAAGAUGGAUGAAGAGCCCAGUGAGGAACCUAGGCAGGAAUUUGUCCCAUACAAUUCAGGACUGUAUUCUGAAAAUGUCAUUCCACUCCCUGCAGUCAGCAAACAAGCAAAUAGAAGUGGUGUGUCUCAGCCUGUGUCUCAUAAAUUUUUUCUGGAACCUUCUCAAAUAAAUGAUGAAAAUAACACAGAUUUAAAAGCAUCAGAAAUAGGAACCAGUUCAGAUGUAGCACCAGUUUUAGGACCUUUUGACAGAACAAUCCCAGUGAUUGAAAAUGCAGGAACCAGUAUUUUUGUGACUCACCCAGAGCCAGCUCUGGAUGGCAACUGCCACUGGGUAUCAGAGGGCUCUGUUCCUGAAAGUCAGAGAGAUGCAAGGGCCUUGCUUGACUAUGAGCAACAUUUUGCCACUGAGGAUUCUGCCUCAGUUACUAACACUCUGCUCGUCUCAGACACAGGUUUGGAUGUAAGUGAAGCUGCCUUUGACCACAGUUUCAGUGAUGCCUCAGGUCUCAACACAUCCACAGGAACAAUAGAUGAUAUGAGCAGAUUGACACUGUCAGAGGGCAAUCCUGAAACACCAAUUGAUGGGGAUGCAGGGAAGCAAGAUAUCUGUUCAUCCGAAGCAUCGUGGGGUGAUUUUGAAUGUGAUGUAAUGGGCCAAAAUAUUGAUGAAGACUUACUGAAAGAGCCGGAUCACUUUCUCUAUGGUGCUGACCCUCCCUUGGAGGGUCCCUUGGAGGAAGAUGCCUUGAAGCAACCACUGGCACCAUACACACCUCCCUUUGAUUUGUCCUAUCUCACAGAACCCACCCACGGUGCUGAGAAGACGGAGGAAGCUGCGUCUCCAGAGGAUGAGUCUCUAGGGAGUGAAGUCACAGAGCUCUUGCUUUCUGCCCUGCCUGAUGAAGGAGACAAGGAAAACCACACAGAGACCAAAGGCAGAGAGCCUGGACUCCAGCUGGUGGCGCUGCAUAUUCGUGAAGACUCUGAGUCCCUUUCUUUGCCUGUCAGAGGCUCAAACGUGGAGUCCUCCCCGUCCAACGAUGUUGACUGGGAUGCAGAAACAGAUCAUUCUUAUUCACCAGUAGGUGGAGACAUAGAAUCACCAAAUGGUUCCAAUAAGGAACUGUUAGAUGCGAAAGAUGAAAAAACAAUUCCUACCGAAGACCUUGAGCAAUUAAAAUACACGGACCAAAAAUGCACAAAGAAUGAAGAUCAUCAUACACUACACAUGGAUUACAUACUAGUAAACCAUGAAGAACAUUUGCCUCGGAAGUCAGAGGCCUGUGAAGCAAGAGAAAGCACAUUUGAAUUAGAAGAAUCUCACAAAAGUUCUGAAGAAAUGGGGCUGCCAGGAACUCAUUUAGCAAAUUUCCCAGACACACUGAAGUCGGCCUCCUUGAAUGAAAGAAAAGACCAUUCUACAGAGAGAGUGGUUUCUAAAGUCGAUAAGAGAUCUCCUGAAAGCCCUGAGCAAGACCAAGGUUGGAUGGUCUUGGGACACAAUGAAGUUAGUGAUCCAACAUUGGAAGAAGGUUCAAGUCAGCCAGAAGCCAGGAUCUCAGGGUCUGGAUGGUCUGCCGAGGCAAUGGAGGCAGGCUUAGACCCCAGCCCAUGCAAGGGUUACCUGAUGCAGGUUCUGGGAGAAGUGAAGCCUCUAGAAUCUUUAGCAUUAGAGGAAACCUCUGAUCUGAGCAGCCAAUCAAGGAAGAACAAGAGCCGAGGCAGGGCUGGGCCAGAUGCUGUUAUGUUGCAGGCUGUUGCCCGUGACAAUGAAUGGGAAAUGCUUUCACCACAGCCUUCUCAGAAAAACAUGAUCCCUGAAGCGGAAAUGGAGGAGGAGACCGAGUUCCUUGAGCCUAGAACAAGGAAACCAAGACCAAACGGUUUUAGAAGACUAUUACCUAUUCAGGAUCCCACUGCCAACAAAGAUUCUGGUCAGGAGUCAGAGUCUAUUCCAGAAUAUACCGCAGAAGAGGAGCGAGAGGACAACCGGUUGUGGAGGACAGUAGUGAUCGGAGAACAAGAGCAGCGGAUUGACAUGAAGGUCAUUGAGCCCUACAGAAGAGUCAUUUCUCAUGGAGGAUACUAUGGGGAUGGUCUAAAUGCCAUCAUUGUGUUUGCCGCCUGUUUUCUGCCAGACAGCAGUCGGGCGGAUUACCACUAUGUCAUGGAAAAUCUUUUCCUAUAUGUAAUAAGUACUUUGGAGCUGAUGGUAGCUGAAGAUUAUAUGAUUGUAUAUUUGAAUGGUGCAACCCCAAGACGGAAGAUGCCAGGGCUAGGCUGGAUGAAGAAAUGCUACCAGAUGAUUGACAGACGUUCAAAAUUCAGCAGUAAAAUUAAAUACGUCAACAGCUUAUCAGAACUCAGUAGACUGAUCCCAAUGGAUUGUAUCCAUAUCCCAGAAAGCAUCAUCAAACUGGAUGAAGAACUGAGGGAAGCAUCAGAAGCAGCUAAAACUAGCUGCCUUUACAAUGAUCCAGAAAUGUCUUCUAUGGAGAAGGAGUAA